AUGGAUGCACCUACACCUACACCUACACCUAUGGUUAUUGGUACCUCUACACCUACACCUACACCUGCACCUGCAUCAUCAGUAGCUGCAGCUUGUUAUCCGUCUCCUCCUAUUGAUAGUUCAAUAGGUAUUGAAGAAAGCAUUGAUGUUGAAAGUGAUUCUGAAGAGUUGGAGGCGGAUACACAAGGGAUUAGAUGUGCUGGUCGUGGUGGACGACCACCACUCCCUAAGAACAAAAGAAAAAGAAAUGUUAGGAAAACAUCCAUAGCGUGGCAACAUUUUACUAAGGAUCUAGAAAGUCCUGCAGAUAAACCUGUGGCACGUUGUAAUUAUUGUAGGGCUAAGUAUAAAUGUCACGGAAAGAGCAAUGGCACCUCUAACAUGUUGUACCAUGUCAAAGCAUGCCAACAGUACAAAGCAUUAUUAGCUAAUCAAGAUGUAUCUCAAUCUAAGUUCACUUUUGAGUCUGUGCCAAGUGAGGGUGAUGGUGGUACUAGUAGUUAUAAGAACCUAAUGAUUGCGAAGUACUCUGAAAAAAUCAUUAGGGAGACGCUUUGUGAGAUGAUUAUUGUGGAUGAAAUGCCUUUUUCAACUGUGGAUAAGAUGGGGUUUAAGAAAUUGUUCAAGGUUCUUGAGCCGCGAUUUAGGCUUCCUUCUCGCUAUACAUUGAUGAGGGAUUGUAUCAAGUUGUAUAUGCGGACUAAGGAAACAAUGAAGACCAAGUUUUUGAAAACUAGUCAAAGGGUUUGUUUGACCACUGACACAUGGACUUCGAUUCAAAAUAUGAAUUACAUGUGCAUCACUGGACAUUUCAUUGAUCCUAGUUGGAAAUAUCAAAAAAGAAUAUUGGCAUUUCGCCAAGUGUCGGAUCACAAGGGGUUAACGAUUGCGAAAGAAUUGGAGCAGUGUUUGGAGGAAUGGGGGAUUCCAGGGUUAUUGACAAUAUCACUUGACAAUGCAAGAUUGAAAGAUGUAGAUGAUUCAAUCAUAAACAUCCGAAAUAUGGUGAAAUAUGUAAAGGGAUCCCCUCAAAGAUUGGCCAUCUUCAAAUCUUUUGCAGAAAGGAAGACAGUUGGGUAUCAUGCUUCAUUGGUUCUUGAUGUUCCAACUCGAUGGAACUCCACUUAUAUGAUGUUGGAUGUGGCAGAAAAGUAUGAAAGUGCAUUUGAACUAAUGUUAGAUGAAGAGGUUAGUUUUGGGAACUACUUGUGUGAGGAUGGUGGAGGGAGAAGGGGGUUGGGGGUUCCAGUUGAUGAAGAUUGGAAAAAUGUUAGAAACUUUGCUAAAUUUUUGCAAGUGUUUUAUGAGGUGACAAUUGAGAUAUCGGGUUCCUCAUACUCGACUUCUAACAAUUAUUUCAAUAUAAUUAUUUUAGAAUGUUGGUUCAGAAGUAAUGUAGGUGAAGAAAAAGCAAAGAGGAUUAUCACCAAAUUGAAGAAUACAUUGGAGCAGUUGUAUAAUCACUAUGCUAAGAAUGUAACGAACGUUGGAGGAAGUGGGGACAAGUCAAAUGAAGAGCAGAGUUGCGGAAAUUCAGCCUCAGUGGGUGCGGGUACUUCUACUACUUCUAGAAGUAAAAAAAAUGCUUUAACAGACUUCCAUUCAUUUCAGGCAUCCAAAAAUUUGGCAUUGUGUCGGACAGAGAUAGAAAGAUAUUUUGCGGAAGAUGUUGAGCCACCAAGUAAAAGUUUUGAUGCUUUGACGUGGUGGAAGAUAAAUUCAUCAAAGUUUCCGGUUCUAGCUGAUGUUGGAUGA